CUUGUGGUCCCCUCUCGAGGAAAUCAAGCUAUAUUACGGCUAUCCCACGAAAUUGGGUUGUUUUCACGUGGAUAGAGCAACCUUCAAUAGCCCCAGACUGACGAGCAUUUAUACUCUGAUGCAUACCCACUCAUGAACAGCCCGUCUGUCAAGAUUCCAAUUCUCUUGAUACCUCCAUCCAUCGCUUUGUGGCUUCACAGGAUCAGUACACUGCCUGCCAUAUUGUAUUUUGUUGCAGCACAGCGAAAUGUCAUAAUUUGCGAUGUCAACGACCAGGAGUCGCUGGGAAACCGGAAUAUCCCCUGCUAUUCUCUGCCACAGACGAAUGAAGACACUACAUACAUUCGUUAUGAGUUUUCUUGGAGGAGUCGGUGCCUGACUACAGGGAAGGAGGCUAUAAAAUGGAAAUAUAUAUGUCAGACUUAGCCUUUAAAAGGUGAUCCAUAACCUGAUGUACAUGGUUUUGUUAUUGGUAAUGUACCAUUGCCCAGGCCCGGUCGCCAGGCCCAGCCCAAGCCCAGUAGAUGUCUAUUCAUGUUAUUAUAGGAACGAAUAACGUA